AAAAAAUUAAAAAGUGUAGAAUUAUUAAUUAAUAUUUUGUAUGCUGCAUAAACAAGUGUUAAAUAAAAGGUGUUACUGCAUAUUAACUGUAUCUAAAAUACAAAUUCGGAAAUGAUAGUUACUUCGAAUGUGGAAAAUUACGCUUUAAAUGGGACCGUUGAGAUUACUACAGUUUUGUCAGCCCUAUUUGGUGUGAUAGCAUUAAUGCUAUUAUUUUUCCUAUAUGUAAAUCGUAAAUGGUGCUUUCAUACCCGACGUGGACUUCACUGUUGCGAUGAAAAACAUUUGGCAUCAAAAUGUGUACAAAAGUUAUCCCGAAAACGUCGUUAUGAUAAUACAAGUUCUGAUUCAGAGGAAGAUAUUUUAAGAAGAUUACGCUUACAACAGGCUCGCAUAGCUUCAAAUAAUGGCAAUGGAAAUUAUACAAAUUAUGGAAUAAAUCAAUUAAAUCCUUUGUCGCAAAAUUUUAAUUAUUUUAAUAGUGAUCUGCAACGUGUAACUGUAGCACCACGCGAUACCUCUAGAGAUCCUUUAGCUAUAGCGGAAAGGGGUAAGGUGGGCGUACCUUCAUCGCAUAGUGAGUGCAGUUCUAAUGAUUCGGUGGAAGCCUCAAUUGACAGUCAUACGGGUAUAUUAACUGGUGAAAAGAAAGAACGACAUCCCUCUAUAAGCAAAACAUCCGAUAUUUCGAAUAGCACAUCUAUACGAGAAUCUCGUAUAGAGCUUAAUACUGAUACAACUACUAAAACGAAUAAAUAUCAGAAGGUAAAUAGCUCAUCGAAUAUUACCAGCCCGCCACGUCAAGAUAGUUUGGAAGAUGUACCCAAUAUUCAGUGCAAUAAUAACAAUGAAGAUGAACCCUUAUUUGAUACCAGCGAUUUAAGAUCCAUUAAAUCCGAUGAUAUUUCUAUGCAAACACAAUGCUACGGCAAAUCCGGUAGUGUUGAAAUAUCUCUUUUAUACGAUGCUCCCAUGCGGAAGAUGACAGUUCAUGUUUUGCAAGCCCGUGGCUUACCCACUUUGGGCAAUGGCCAACAAACGCAUACUCAAGUACGUCUUCUAAUGCUACCAAAUAAGAAACAAAAACACAAGACCAAAAUACGUUCAGGAGAAAAUCCUCAAUAUAUGGAGAGUUUCCUGCUGCAUCGUGUUACGCCUGAAGAAGUUAACAAUAUGGGUUUACGUGUGCGACUUUACGGUUGCGAACGUUUACGCAAAGAACGACUGAUUGGUGAGGCUUAUGUAAGCUUUGCUACCAUAGAUUUAGAAUUGGAAACAAAUCUAUGGCUGCCGCUGGAGCCAAGAAAUACAUCAUCGAUUUUGGGAUCAUCUAGUGAUCUAUUAAGUUUAGCUCGUUCCGAUAGUGCCGGCUCGACCACUUCAAUGCAACAUGGAGGUGUACCCGAGCUACUUUUAGGUUUAGGAUAUAACGGUACCACUGGACGUUUAACAGUUGAAAUUGUUAAAGGCAGUCAUUUUCGCAGUUUAAAUUUAAACAAGGCACCGGAUACAUAUGUUAAGUUAUGUUUAGUUAGUAGUAUAGGACAAGAGAUCUCAAGAGCAAAAACUUCAACGAGACGUGGUCAACCAAAUCCUCUGUUUAAAGAGACAUUUGUAUUUCAGGUAGCCUUGUUUCAACUCAACGAUGUUACGUUAAUGGUUUCGGUUUACGCCAAGCGUAAUAUGAAGAAAAACGAAAUGGUCGGUUGGUUUAGUCUGGGCCUAAACUCAUCCGGACCAGAAGAAGUGGCGCAUUGGGUGGAUAUGCGCGACAUGGCAAAGGGGGAGCUUUUGGCACGUUGGCAUAUUUUGGUGGAUUCCUGAUUCGAGCAGUUAGGACAAUCUUCACGACGUGGCAGUGGUCUAGGCCUAUUGGUCUCAUUUGCCACAACGAAAGAUAAGUCCAAGUUUAAAAAAUGCAAAGACGACGACGUGGAGAAAGAAAAUGAAAGUGGAAUAGCAACAUCAAAAGCUGAUGUGGUUGCUGUUGAUAUAGAGACUGGUCUUGAAUUGGAAUUUGUGUAAAGGAACACUACAAAAACUACACAAAAUUCUAAUUCAAAAUAUUUUCUAAUAUAUAUAAGUAUAUUUUUUUUUGGUCAACAACAAAAAAAUUUUGUUUAUUAAACAAAAAACACGAAGAAAAACUUUGGUAAGUGCAAAUAAUUUGUACAACAAUAUUGUAUUUGUAAUUUUUACACAAAAACUAUAAUAGUUUUGAAAGAACUUGGUAAAAUUCUUUAAGAAAUAGGGGAAUUUAAAAAAAAUAUCUCUCUAGAAAACAAAAUAUAUGUAGUUUUGUAUAAACCAGAGUCGAUAUCAUAAGGAUUUUAAACUUAAUGGAUAUAGUUUAAUUUUAAAAACCAUUUGAGAAUAUUCACAAGAUUUGUGUGAAUAUUCGUUUCAUGAUAAGAUAAACAUACAUAAGUUAAUCUUAACUUAAUUCAUUUGUUUUGUUGGUGAGUCCAAUUUAUUUAAUAAAUUAAAUUUAAAUUAUAUCCAAAUAGCUUAUAAAGUCCAGGUAUUUUUUUAAUACCUAAAUUUGAGUAUAUAUUACUCUGGCGAAAAAAUAGUUUAAUAAACCACAAACACAAAAUUUAGCUUGUAAUUUUUUCGUCACUUUAACUUUUAAAAUACUACGCGCACAUAUUUAUUAAGUAUAAUUAAUUAAAUAUUUUUUGGUAAC